UUGCGUCGUGAAUUCCGUGAGCUGGAGAUUCUAGAUGAAAUCGGACAGUUGCGACUACGAAAUGAGCUACCAACAUCUGUUGUCGGAUGCACCAGAUCGUCUUUGGUUCGCUCGUUCCAAUCUACAUUCGGGCUUCGAUAUGUUCCACCUACCGUACCAGCAGCUCUCGAUUGGCACAACAGCCCUGUGGGUUCGUUGAUGCCUCCCUUGGAACCUGCCUCUUGGCGUCUUAUCGAAAAGGAACACUGCGCCCAACCGACAUCAGCUCGUCGUCGCAAGUCAACGGGAACUGUACUCACCACAGCCGGUCCGGCUUCAACACAUGGAAAUAAACGGCGUACUGAAGGCGACGAUGCACUUUCUUCAGCUUCGAAACGCGGUCGUCCGAACUCAACAUUACCUUCUGUUGGAUGUUCAGCUAACGCAGCAUCAUCAUAUGUCGCCACUGGGUUUAAGUGGGAUGAGCAGAAUUGGAGCUGUGCGUACGAUGCGAUGCUCUCCAUUCUG